AUGGAAGCUGCCGGCCUUGUCAUCGGUGUUCUGGGAGUCGUCAUAGCGUUCAAGGGAGCCCUCGACACGGCUUUACUUCUAGAAGACUUCAUCGAGGACAACCAGAGCGAACCUCGGCACUGGGCGCUCCGCUACCACAUUCAGAAAUGCCGCCUCAAGGCUUGGGGCGACCACUGGAACGCCGCGGACGAGAAGCAAUGCGCUCUCGGGACGAAAUCCGAAAACUUCAUGAGGGCGAUCGAGUUGAUCCUAAUCGAAAUCAAAAGGCUCAACGAAAAGGCCGACAAGCUGAUCCAGAAACACGACAUCGGUCAUGAUACCGGGGCGAUGAAGCGGAGAUUUCGGUGGUACAUUAAGACGAACUCCGAGUUCAGGGACAUCGUUGAGAAGUUCCAAGAUCUAGUAGAUGACCUGGAAGGAUUCACUUACCCUUCAAAUCAACUCCAGCUGCUUACCAAGGCAUUUCUGCCGCAGAUGCUGGCUGAAAUCCAAAACCUCAAGAUGCUCGAACAUCUCUCUGUCCACCCUCCAGCCGAUGAUCAGACACUCGCUCUGUCCGCCAAAGCCAAACUGCUUCAGGAACAACUUUCGCGGCCGGGAGGUCGAGCGCCUACGACGAUCUGGCUCCAUAAACCGAAGUUUGAGCUUGUCGACAAUGAUACCUCGUCCGUCGGCGGUCUAGGUCUGAUCAGGGAGACUGAAGAAACGAUCCGUCCGGUCUGGGUAGAGUGGAAUGUCACUGGUUUGGGUCUGGAAUCCAGGCUUCACGUGGAACGGAUGGAGGCCCUCGGAAAGCUCUUGAAAGGGGUCAGCGAGCCGGCUCUCCGCCUCCCCCCUUUCUACGGUAUAUACGACGAUCUGGACUACGAGCUUGCGCACGGCAUCAAGCGAAUCGGAUACGUUUUCGGCACCCCCGAAUCGGUUACGGACUAUGAUCAGAGAGUGCACAACUUCAGAAGCGAUGUGUGCGAAAAUCCGCCAAUAUCUCUGAGCGCAUUGAUGGCUAGUGAGGGUACAGCACCGCCGCUGCUUGGGGAUCGCUUUCGCCUUGCAUUCACACUAGCAUCAGCCUUUAGUCUUUUCCAUGCCGCAGGAUGGCUUCACAAGGGACUGCACAGCGGCAACAUCCAGUUCCUCAGAGAAGUCGACGGUACUGUUAGCGUCACCCAGCCCUUCAUCACGGGUUUCCAGUACUCGCGCCAUCAGAACCAGGCUUCUUUGUCCAGAGGGCCACUGGACGAUAAGAAACUGAACCAUUACCACCAUCCAGAUGCUGCGAAAGGGUUUUCCAAGCGAUUGGACCUUUACAGUCUUGGUGUCGUACUCUGCGAGAUCGGCCGUUGGGCUUCAAUCACGAGCAAGAUACCGAAGGAAAGGCUGAGAAAGAUGACGAACAGAGAGGCUUGGCGCAGCUACAUUCUGGAUUCUCGGCUCAAAGAACUUGGGUGGCGCAUGGGGAAGCAAUACCAAGAUGCUGUUCGAGUCCUGCUCGAGUGUGAUCUGCCGGACGACAAGAGACUUGGGCAUGUUUUUUUCGCUCAGGAGUUUCAGAAGAAGGUUCUUCAACCUCUCAGUAGAUGCAACGUAUGA